AGAAAAUGAAAACAUCAAUAAUUUUAUUACUGACGCUGGGACUCGCCAUCGCGGAUCCUAUUUCAAAACAAAUUGUUUCGGCCGAUAACAACCACGCACAUUCGUCAAAAUGCAGUGAGUCAGAAUCCAAACACAAUGAAGAAACAACAGCGAACAAAGGCGAUUCGGAACAAAAGAAGCAAGUAUUACAUCCUACUAGAAGUGAUGAUGUAGAAAUGCAAAUACCGAAUGUGGAGGUGAUUGUUGAAGAAGACAUUGAUCUGCCGAGUGACAUUUAUUCGCAAACAGAUAACGAGGUAUUCUUUGACAAUGAUGAGACUCUAACCGACGAGUUUGCUGAUGAUAUAAUGGAGAAACAUCCUGACGAGUUGAUGGAGACAGCAGCUGGUUUUGCUCCCCUACCGUUUAUCAGAAAAAGACAAAAAUCGAAAAAGCGGUUCGCAACCCGGCGUCAUUUCAAAAGAAACCCAUACCCAUAUUACUACUCUUCAUUCAGAAGAAGUCCCUACUUUUUCUAUCCAUAUUACGCAUAUUAUCGCCCAAGCUCUCUGAGAUAUUAUUAAGUGUACCUAGAUUGUAUUCAUUAAUGUAUUAGCGUAGGAAAGUAAU